GAAAAAUAAUUCUGGCCACCCUGGUCAUGAAACAGAUGAGUCACAAACGUCAUAAGUGAAAGCUGCAGGAAAGCGAAGAGAACAUUGAAUUUUAAAAAGUUUUAUUUGUUUUUGCGUAUGAAACUAGUAAAGUGAACGUCAUUUCGUAGUUAGUCAAACCAUUCCACAAUAAUGGCCGGCAUGCCAGAUCAGCAGUUCCUGUGGAACAUCUUUCAGAAGGUCGAUCGAGAUCGAAGCGGAUACAUCUCAGCCGACGAACUACAGCAGGCCUUAUCUAAUGGAACGUGGAACCCGUUCAAUCCAGAAACCGUCCGACUAAUGAUCGGUAUGUUUGAUCGUUCGAACCGGGGUUGUGUCAACUUUCAGGAUUUCGGUGCGCUCUGGAAGUAUGUGACCGAUUGGCAAAAUUGUUUUCGUUCAUUCGAUACGGACAACUCUGGCAACAUCGAUAAAAAUGAACUCAAAGCGGCUUUGACUGCAUUCGGAUACCGUCUCUCAGAUGGACUGUACGAUACACUGAUCAGAAAGUUUGAUCGAUACGGCAAGGGCACAAUAUUGUUUGAUGAUUUUAUCCAAUGCUGCGUGAUUUUGUAUACGCUGACUUCCGCUUUUAGACAGUACGAUACGGAUCAGGACGGAGUAAUAACGAUUCAUUACGAACAGUUCCUUAAUAUGGUAUUCAGUCUGAAAAUUUAAUUUAUUGAUAUGAAACUGCACGUCCAUAUGAUGAAAAAGAAACGUUUAUUUUUAUACGAUCACUAAAAGUAAUUUUGAAUUCAGAAUUCAAUGGUAUUUCGUCGAUUAUUCAGUGCUUGUAUUGUUAAAUCGCAGGUGUAGUAUGGAUAGGGCAAGUUAAAAAUUGUACUGUUCCAUCCCUGUUGAGCAAAUUUCUCAAAUACUACAUUUCCUUUUCUUUUUAUUAUUCAUUUCCGAUUAAAUUUAUCUCUUUAUUACUGGUGUCACAUGUACCUAUAUCUUUUUUCGACAUUUUCCAAGAGUCAUGGCAGCCUAUUCCUUACAGCCAAAUGUAAACCGAUGAAUCAUGUUAACACGUGAAUACCUUUGUUACGUAUACACCAUCCAAAAUUUGUUGCGAGAGGAAAUGUUAUAAACAGUACAACAAUGUUACAAUAUGUAUAGUUACAGGUUUACCCUUUUCGUUAUUCUGUCUUAUAAGCUAUACAGAUAAUCGGAUAUAAGAACAAAUCAUUAAAUAGUUGCCAAACUGUUUUUUUUUUCUAUGAAAUAUGUUUACGUGAUUUACAACAGAAUAUUUUUUUAAAUACAGUUUCUCAACAGUUC